GUGGAUGCUGGCACUGGGAACGGGGCGGAUGAUCAAAUGUGAGGCAGUCUGCCCAGUGGCAACUGACCUGAUUUCAUGAUUUCCCCAGGUCCAUCCGAUUCCCGCCAACGUGCUCAGACUUGAGCAGUAGGAGUCGGCUGGGAGAAGGAUGGGGGGAAGGAACCGAAAACAGUUAAGGCAGGCUCUGUAAGCUUCCCCCUCCCACACUGAAGUCGGACAGCAGAAGACUGCCGUGGAACCUUCCCUGCUGGGGGAGGAAAGUGCUGACUUGAACCGGUUUCUGCGGCCUCGCCUUCCUCUUCUUUCCUUUCUCCCCCUCAUUCAUUCACUGACGCCGCAGCGCUGAGCAGCACCGGCACAGAAGCGGCCUCCAAGGGACUGAAGGGAACAACCGCGGCUCUGAGACCCGUGACAAACACCCAUCGUUGGGUGGUGCUCUAGUAGAAUCCGUUCGUGCCAAUAUUUUAUAAGCGACGUUUUCAAACAAUGUGAAGAUCCCCCCCCCUUUUUUUUUUAACGGAGUCUCGGACUGUCGCCCGGGCUGGAAUGUAAAGGUGCGGUCUCGGCUCACUACAACCUCCGCCUCCCGGGUUCAAGCGAUUCUCCUGCCUCAGCCUCCUGAGUAGCUGGGACUAUAGGCACCCACCACUACACCCGGCUAAUUUUUUGUAGUUUUAAUAGAGUCGGGGUGUCACUAUGUUGGCCAGGCUGGUCUCGAAUUCCUGAGCUCGUGAUCCACCUGCCUCCACCUGUGAAAGUGCUGGGAUUAUAGGCGUCAGCCACCGCGCCCGACCGAAGAUCCGAUCCAUUUUAAGAUUUAUUCCUCUAUGAUGGAGAAGUAUGAAAAAAUUGGGAAAAUUGGAGAAGGAUCCUACGGAGUUGUUUUCAAAUGUAGAAACAGGGACACGGGUCAGAUUGUGGCCAUCAAGAGGUUUCUGGAAUCAGAAGAUGACCCUGUCAUAAAGAAAAUCGCCCUUCGGGAAAUCCGCAUGCUCAAGCAACUCAAGCAUCCCAACCUUGUCAACCUCCUGGAAGUCUUCAGGAGGAAACGGAGGCUUCACCUCGUGUUUGAAUAUUGUGACCACACAGUUCUCCAUGAGUUGGACAGAUACCAAAGAGGGGUACCAGAACAUCUCGUGAAGAGCAUAACUUGGCAGACCCUGCAAGCUGUAAAUUUUUGCCAUAAACACAAUUGCAUACAUAGAGACGUGAAGCCAGAAAAUAUCCUCAUCACAAAACAUUCCGUGAUUAAGCUUUGCGACUUCGGAUUUGCUCGGCUUUUGACUGGACCGAGUGACUAUUAUACAGACUACGUGGCUACCCGGUGGUACCGCUCCCCUGAGCUGCUGGUCGGGGACACGCAGUACGGUCCCCCAGUGGAUGUUUGGGCAAUUGGCUGUGUCUUUGCUGAGCUGCUGUCAGGAGUGCCUCUGUGGCCAGGAAAAUCCGAUGUGGAUCAGCUCUAUCUGAUUAGGAAAACCUUGGGGGAUCUCAUUCCUAGGCACCAGCAAGUGUUUAGCACGAAUCAGUACUUCAGUGGAGUGAAAAUUCCAGACCCUGAAGAUACGGAACCACUUGAAUUAAAAUUCCCAAACAUCUCUUAUCCUGCCCUGGGGCUCUUAAAGGGCUGUCUCCACAUGGACCCUGGUGAGAGACUGACAUGUGAACAGCUGUUGCACCACCCAUAUUUUGAAAACAUCAGAGAAAUAGAGGAUUUGGCAAAAGAACAUGACAAACCAACAAGGAAGACCCUAAGAAAGAGCCGAAAGCACCACUGCUUUACAGAAACAUCCAAGUUGCAGUACCUACCCCAGCUAACUGGCAGCAGCAUCCUUCCAGCUUUGGAUAAUAAGAAGUACUACUGUAAUACCAAGAAACUUAACUACCAUUUUCCAAACAUUUAAAGGUGCUAGGAGACAUGAUUUUAAAAAAGGAAUCAAUAGAUGCUUUGAAGAAAAUAAAACUUAUACAGUUGAUUGAAAACAAUUACAAUGUUGAAAACAUACCAGGAGAAAACAUAAGCAAGAAACUGGGAGGCCACUUGGCACAAUACAAAGGGAAAUUCCAGAUCCAGUCUUCCAUGGUUGACAAUGGUGUCCAGAAAAGAAAGAAAAAACCUGUUUGGAGUUUCACUUGUAUUUCAGUUUAUGUAAGCAGCCGAGCUUAUGGACAGCAUAGGAACUGUCGCAAACCUCUGGCAAAACUAGAUGAUGUCAAAAAGAUUUAUGUUUCAGUUGUACCAAAUGCCACACAAGAAAAAUGGACUACGAAAUACCGAUAUAUAUUUCUUCUGAUCUCUGUUGCCUUGACUCCUUUCUCUUGCCUCUCAGAUUAUUUCAGCAUAUUUAAGGCUAGUUCUAUUUCUUGAAAUCAAAAUGUUUAAAAUACUAUUUCCUGCUUGCUCUAUUUCUUGAUUUUUAUAUUUUAAAACAUUUUGUGGGUAACACUUAGGUUCGAAAUAUUUAAAAUCAUAUGAGUUAUCACAAAGACUUGGUAAUUUCUAUAUUUAAUUAUAACUUUAUACAUUUCAUUCUUACUUUAUAAGGAUGUACCUUAGUCCCUUUUGCAGGCAA